AUGUCUACAGUGCACAUUACAAACAUCUCGCAGGCCACGAGCGAGGACCAGAUCGUGCGUUUAGCAGGCUCGUUUGGAGUUUUGUCGUCUGUCUCACUUCAGCAGGAAAAAUCAGACAACACCCAAAAAGCCAGAAUAGUGUACCAGCAACGCGAGGAUGCGCAAAAUUGCAUCGAAAAUCUCCAUGGCUACCGUCUCGACGACCACUACUUAAUGACCAAAUAG